CCUUCACCGUAGUCACUGACAGCAAUCCGCUCACCUACCUGCUGACAUCUGCCAAACUGGACGCGACGAGCUACCGGUGGCUCUCGUCGCUCUCCACAUACACCUUCAAAAUUAUUUACAGAGCAGGGAAGCUGAACGCCGAUGCGGAUGGGCUCUCUCGGCGGCCUCAUGUGGAACACCCAGAGGACGCCCGUUCCCAGAAGGAACGAGAGAGAAUCCUGAGGUUUGCACAACACCAUUUGGACGACCCUUCCUGCAUCUCUAUUGACGAACACUCAGUGCAGGCAGUAUGUGACAGGCACCUUGUGUACAGCUCACCAGACAAACUGCAAGUGGCAGCUCUUGUGCAAGCUCUCUCAAUCAGCGUUGACGGCCUACCGGACAGCUUUGUGGAUGAUCAACAUUUCUCUUUUCCAGUCACUUCCUUUUUGUCUGUCACUGAGAUUGCAGACAAACAAAGAGCAGAUCCGGUUAUUCAGCAUGUUGUCGCCCAGUUGGAACACGGAGGCAGCCCGCCGCCUUCUCUGAGGGAACAGCUUCCAGAUCUGCCGCUGCUCCUGCGAGAGUUGCCACGACUGGAGAUCUUCAAUAACAUCCUCGUUAGGAAAAGAAUCAUCAAUGGUGAGCCCAGCUACCAACUUGUCCUACCAGAGGAGUGUCGAGCAGAGGUCCUCUACCAGUUGCAUGACCAGAUGGGCCAUCUUGGAACAGAGAGGACACUUGACCUCAUUAGAGCACGCUUCUACUGGCCACGCAUGUCCAUCGACAUUACUAAUAAAGUAAAGACUUGUGGGAGGUGUGUUCGUAGGAAAGCGCUGCCAGAGAGAGCUGCACCAUUAGUAAAUAUCCAAACAGCAAGACCGCUCGAACUUGUUUGUAUGGACUUUCUUUCAAUCGAGCCAGAUCGGAGUAGCACGAAGAAUGCACUUGUCAUCACUGAUCAUUUUACUAAGUACGCUGUAGCGGUCCCAACCCCGAAUCAGAAAGCCACGACAGUAGCCAAAGCCCUGUGGGACAAUUUCCUGGUUCAUUAUGGAAUACCCGAAAGGCUCCACAGUGACCAAGGGCCUGAUUUUGAAUCGCACACCAUCAAGGAGCUCUGUCAGAUUAUGGGAAUCCACAAGAUCAGAACCACGCCUUACCACCCUCGUGGCAACCCUGUGGAAAGGUUCAACCGUACGCUCCUGAACAUGUUGGGCACCCUGCAAGACCAGGACAAAACUCAUUGGAGGGAUUUUGUCAAGCCUCUGGUACAUGCUUACAAUUGCACCCGCAAUGACGUCACCGGCUACUCCCCCUACGAAUUGAUGUUUGGUCGACAACCCCGGUUGCCUAUCGAUUUGGUUUUUGGUCUGCCUGUGUCUGGAAAUCCUCAAACAUCCCAUUCACAGUACGUUGAAAAGCUUGAGUCCCGUCUUGAAGACAGCUACCGCAUUGCGACUAAGAAUGCAGAAAAGGUCAUGGGAAGGAACAAGUCUCGAUUUGACAAGAGAAUUACACCCUCCGAAUUAUCGGUAGGGGACAGAGUCUUGGUUAGGAAUGUCAAGUUGAGAGGCAAGCACAAGAUAGCAGAUAGGUGGGAGUCGGAUGUGUAUAUUGUCGAGAAGAGAGCCGGCACUCUUCCGGUAUAUACUGUCAAGCCUGAGGGGAAAAAUCGACCUGUAAGGACCCUCCACCGAGACUUGCUGCUGCCUUGUGGCUAUUUGUCAACAACCCCCAAAGCAGACUUGCCAAAGCAACCAAUGACAUCAGCCAAAGUGAUUCCACUAGUGGACCCAGCAAUUCUGGAGCUCUCUGAACCAGAAUACUACCCCCCAGAUGUGUAUUUACCCAACUUACCUGAAACCUGCUCCGCUCCAGCAAAAUUCACAAGAGUGAUUGACUUACCUGUUCCUAUACAUUCAGUUGUCCCAGUUGCAGUGCCCGUGAGUUCGCCUGGCCAGCCCUCACAAUGUGCUACAGAAGGGGAUCCUGUUGGUGUGGUGCACAGUGUAGAGAUGGAUCAGGAAACACCUGCCGACCCUGGGCAAGUGUUUGAAUUGCAGGACACAGAGUCAGUGCCAGAAGUGGAUGGAGAUGCUUUAGGGAAGCCAGAGGACAGCACCUCCUCUACGUCAGAAUCUCCGCAAGCAGCAUCUACCUUGAGUGAGCCUGAGUCACCCACUGGAACCGAAACAUUCAGUCCAGAAUCUGUAUCCCCAGCUCCACGGCCUACUCGAACCCGCAAACCUCCCAGUCGCCUUCAAUAUGCAAAGCUUGGACAUCCAGUUUUGCGCAGGAUCCAGACCUUGUUCCAAGGAUUGAGUAAUGUCUUUGAUUCUACACUGCAGGUAGAGGAGUCUGGAUCGACAAUCACUCCCCAGGAAGGAAUUGUUUGCCGCCAGCCACCUCCAUGUACGAGGCCGUACAUGAGUAUAGGGGGGGAACCUGUAACCCAUAUUUAAAAUAUCCAUUGAAAACAUGCAUACAGUGCAAAGACUUUUAUUGUGGAGGGUUACUUCCUGCCGCUCACUUCCUUUUAAGGAAGUGCUGCUCACUUCACCACCCCCUCCCGUAUCUGCUGUGGCUGCGGUGCUGUGAGAAGCGCUUGAGACGAAACUUGCAAUAUCUUCUCAUUCUCACACUUUGCAAACUUCAUAAUUAGAGCUGCCAUGUUCGAUUAAUUAUUGGGCCGUUCAUGGUAUGUUGUUUUUGCCCUCGAUUACUCAGGUCAGGUUUUUUUCCGGGAAGGAAUACCCGUUGACCCAAACAACCUGAGCUCCCUAUCCACUUUCAAACUCAACUCAACAAAUGGCGAGCUAAACAACUACGCGGUAGGACAAGCAUUUCUUUUCUCCUCCGCGGCGAACCUUUUGGAUUACUUUUGUUUUUGAACUGAACUUUUGGACUGACGCGAAAGCGUUUGCAUACCUUUUGAACUGAACUGUGAACUGGUUCCGAGAAAGCAGCAGGACUGCAUCUUGUAUUUUUGUUUUGGGCUUUUUUUUUUUUUCCUAUUGUGUCAUUUGUGGCAUUUAUAUUCUUGUUCAAUACAUUUAAUGCAGUCAAAACCAAAAUAACUAGUUGU